UAGGCUAGUGCGCCAUUUUGCUGCGUCCACAGCCAUCCGGCAAGAUGGUCCCCCUGCUUUGUCUCCCCUGACCGGAGUUGUGUCGGUAUUCAGAGGCCAUUCUUGCCGUUGCACCAUCAUACAUCUGCAAAUUGCCCCUCUGUACCGAAAACCAAACGUGUCUGUACCAGUCAGGAAAUGACGACGGCGAACAGCAGGUAAAAUGAGUCUGGCUUCUUCUGAAUCGCACCAAGAUCAAAUGUCAGAAAAGGCAGAGGAGCCUGGAAGCUCAGCAGAAACUAUGAAGCCUUCCUCUUCUCGCAACAGAAGGAAGCUCACUAAUGUAUGUAAGCACACUGGACUGAAGGACUCUGAUGCCUCAGCUGAAAGUGAAAAUGAAGUUGCCACUUCUGACAAUGUUUCGGACAAUAAUACAAGCAACACAUCUAAAGGCACUUUAGUGAUGAGGCCAGCUGGAAAUGAUAAUAAAGGUGCCAUGAAGCUCCGAGUAGAUUUUAAACAGAAACAUACAGAUGAUACCCUGCAGGAGAAGGUGAACUGCACUGCGUGUGGUAAACAGGUUUACCAGUUCCAGCGCAACUCUGUGUACAAGCAUCCUGCACUCCAAGUACUCAUUUGCAAGUCAUGCUACAAGUAUUACACAAGUGAUGACAUCAACAGAGACUCUGAUGGGAUGGAUGAGCAGUGCAGGUGGUGUGCUGAAGGUGGCAAGCUCAUCUGCUGUGACUACUGCAACAAUGCCUUCUGCAAGAAGUGCAUCCUGCGCAAUCUGGGCAGGAAGGAGCUCUCUGUCAUUACCGAUGAGAACUCAAAGUGGCACUGUUAUGUCUGCAGGUCAGAGCCCCUUCAGGAUCUUGUCUCCAAAUGCCACAGCAUCAUGGAAAAACACGAACUCAAGGAACGAAAACCAGACAAAAGCGAGGAACGUGAAAGCAAGCGACACAAGAACAAAGAAGUCAAAGAGCACAAAGCAAUUCUCAAUGGGAAAGAACACACUGAAGGCUCAGGGAGCAUUACAUUCUCCUACAAAAAACUACAGGUGCCCAAAGAACUUCUAAAGAAAGCAAAAAACCUUGUUGAAACCACAACUGGUCUGAACAAUACAUUCAUCCAGUUCAUCCAACAGACAGCUGACAAGCAGGAAGAUAAGUCCAUCAGGUAUCGGCAUUUGAAAGCCUUCAGGGCAGUGCUCGCUGACUUGAAAAAAGCCCACAGUGCUUUAGAGGCGGCUUUGGUGCCAGAGUUCAAAAACAUGGAGUUGCAGAAUGGUAACGAACAACUCGUUGUGAGAAAGAACCCAUAUCUUGUGUAUCGAGUAGAAAAUGACCACGUGGAUAAUAUAGCUGAUGAAGAAGAGGAGGCGGACGACCAGGCAUCGGAGGAGGCGGACGACCAAGCAUCGGAUGAAGCUGACCACCCAGCUGCCAAGAAGACUGACGACCAGGCAACAAAGCAGGCUGUGGACCUAGCUGCGGAGGAGGAGGCCGACGACCUCCCUGCGGAGGAAGCGGUAGGGGAGCAGGCCGAUGUAGCGCCACAAGAGGUCCCUGACAUAGCAGUGGAGGAGGCUGACCACGCUGAGGCGGAGGAUGAGGAGGCUGACCACGCUGAGGCGGAGGAUGAGGAGGCUGACCACGCUGAGGCGGAGGAUGAGGAGGCUGACCACGCUGAGGCGGAGGAUGAGGAGGCUGACCACGCUGAGGCGGAGGAUGAGGAGGCUGACCACGCUGAGGCGGAGGAAGCUAACCAUGCAGCAGCGGAGGCCGACAGGCUGCAGCAUAAUGAGCAUAAAGGGUCGGAUAAGACUAAAACAAAAGAGAACCAAACACAAGCUGUUGUUACCAAAAAGACAAUUAAAACCGAAGUGUGUGAUGACGGUCUAGUGUCAGCUGGUGAAAUGUCUCUAGAUCAAGACAUUAUGUCUGUGCCCCCUUCGGUUCCCGAGGAGCUUUUUCAAAUGGUGGAGAGCCUUGCGGAUUCCACCAUGCUCUCACAGUCUGACGCCAAUUUGGUCAAAGAUGCUGUUAAAAAGUUAAAUGGAAAUUCAAAAGACUCUCAAUCUCCUCAGCCCAAGGUGAAGAACCUCAUUGUCAAACUGACUCCUGUGCCGGUUGUGACGACACGUGGUUCCAGGUCCUCCUCCAGAAACCGGGAGAAAGCCGGGGAGACGCAGAGAAGGUGUGACGAUCAGGAGAAGGACAAAGGCAAUGCUGCUAAAGCAGCGGAUGGGACAGGCAGCCCGCCACCCAGCCGCCGCUCCAGUAGAUUAAAGACUACUCCCUUGAGGAAGCAAGCUGAGAAUAAGGGCAAGGAAGAAUCCUCAGAGUCAGAAGAAGAUUGUAAGGGCAAGACCAAAUGCUCAAAGAAAUCCAGAAACAACAACAAAGAGAAGACCAAGAAUUCAGAGAAGAACCCAAUGGAUUCUGACUCUGACGAAAUCCCUCACAUACUGCUGGAGAAAGCGGCAGCUGGCCAAACCACGGAUGAGGAACAGGAAGGCACAAGUGCUAAAAAGUGUUUAUUCAAACUGAAAAACAUAUCCACACAGGAUACAGACAAAGCUACCAAACGCAAAAGGAAGUCUGAAAGCUCUGAUUCAGACUUGGGGAUCAAAAGUAAAAAGAAGAAUAAACAGAAUGGCUCAGACUUGACUGACUCCGACCAGGAGAAGGAGACUAAGAGUAAAGCGGCCACAUCAAAGCGGAGAUCCAGCCGUGUAAAGAAGCAAGAUGAAGCCAAAGAAGGAGGAAAAGGCUCCCCUGAGAGGAAUGCGGCCAAGCGGAGACGGUCUUAUGAAAGUAAGCGAAAGGGAAGGGGCCUCAGAGAAGCAGCUUCCAAGCAGCAGUUGUCCUCCAGUGAGGACGAGGAGGAGGAGGAGGCUGAAGGUGACUCCGGAGAGGACAGCGACGAGCAAAAGAUCAAGCCCAUUGUGGAGGAUAACGUGGUCGGAGGAAGUGGGGCUUUCCGUCAGUCGUCAGGAGAUGAAGAGGAUGAUAAAGAUGGAGUCCCUCAGGAUUGUGAAGAUGAUGAUGAUGAUCCUGAAAACAGGAUUGCUAAGAAAAUGCUUCUCGCCCAAAUAAAAUCCAACUAUUCAUCUGGAGCAGAGAGUUCCUCCGAUAAUGAAGAUGCAGAGAAGGAUGAAAAGUCCUCCAAGAAAUUUAAAGACGAGAACGAUGACGACGAUGAAGAAGAGCAACAAGAUGAUGAGGAUUCAGAAGAUUCCAGUGCCGAGGUGAAGAAGCGUGUAGGACGCCACAAAUUGCUUCGUCAUAAACUCUCCCUGAGCGAGGGUGAAUCAGGAGAGGAGAAGGCCUCCAGUAAAGAGAAGAAGGGGGGAAAGAAGAAGUCUGGACAGAAAGUCCGCAGCGACGACUCUUCAGAAUCCGAAUCAGAUUUUGAGAAGUCGGAAGCCAGCGAAGAGUCUGGGAUAAGCGAGGAGCUCAGUGAGUCGGAGAAUGAAGGCAAGCGACGAAAGACCAGAUCUUCAAAGAAAAAGGACGACGCAAAACAGAAAAGUAACAAACAGCAGCAGCAGCAGCAGCAGAAGAAGAAGAAACGACGCAGGAUCAAGGUCCAGGAUUCCUCUUCCAGCAACGAGAAGAGUGGAAAGGAAGACGGUGAUGAGGACGACGAGGACCACAAAGGACGCAAAAAGAUCCGCAAAAUCCUGAAGGACGAUAAGCUGCGGACAGAGACGAGGGACGCGCUGAAAGAAGAGGAGGACAGGAGGAAACGUAUAGCUGAGAGGGAAGCACUCAGGGAGAAACUUCGAGAGGUGAUUGUGCUGAAGGAGUCUUCCCACGUAACCUGUCCCUGUCCCAUCACCACCAAACUGGUCCUGGAUGAGGAUGAAGAGACCAAGGAGCCGCUAGUGCAGGUGCACAGGAACCUUGUCACAAAACUGAAACCUCACCAGGUUGACGGGGUGCAGUUCAUGUGGGACUGUUGCUGUGAAUCUGUAAAGAAGAUUGAGAAGUCUUCUGGCUCUGGCUGCAUACUCGCCCAUUGCAUGGGUCUGGGGAAAACUCUGCAGGUGGUGACGUUACUCCACACGUUGCUGCUUUGUGAGAAGCUGGAGUUCACCACAGCGCUGGUGGUUUGUCCCCUGAACACUGUGCUCAAUUGGCUCAACGAGUUUGAGAAGUGGCAAGUCGGUCUGAAGGAUGAUGAGAGUUUAGAGGUGAUCGAGCUGGCCACAGUAAAGAAGGCACAGGACCGGGCCUAUGCCCUCCAGCGAUGGCAAGAAAGUGGUGGCGUAAUGAUCAUCGGCUAUGAGAUGUACAGGAACUUGACACAGGGAAGGAACACUAAGAGCAAGAAGCUAAAAGAGACAUUUCAGAAGACACUUGUCGAUCCAGGUCCAGACUUGGUAAUCUGCGAUGAAGGUCACAUAUUGAAGAACGAGGCGUCUGCUGUGUCCAAGGCGAUGAAUUCCAUCAGGACGAGGAGGAGGAUUGUGCUCACUGGAACGCCGCUCCAAAAUAACCUUGUUGAAUACCACUGCAUGGUGAACUUCAUCAAGGAGAACCUUCUGGGGUCCGUUAAGGAGUUCAGGAACCGCUUCAUAAACCCCAUUCAGAAUGGUCAGUGUGCCGACUCCACACUACAAGAUGUCCGGAUCAUGAAGAAGAGGGCUCACAUCCUCUAUGAGAUGCUGGCCGGUUGUGUCCAGAGGAAAGAUUACACAGCGCUCACAAAGUUCCUCCCCCCGAAACACGAGUAUGUGUUGUCGAUCAGAGUGACUCCAAUUCAGUGCAAACUCUACAGAUACUAUCUGGAGCACUUCACAGGUGUAGGGAAUUCGGUAGAGGGGGGCCGGGGCCGCGCAGGGACCAAACUUUUCCAGGAUUUCCAGGUGCUCAGCAGAAUUUGGACCCAUCCCUGGUGCCUUCAGCUGGACUACAUCAGUAAAGAAAACCGGGGUUUCUUUGACGAGGACAGUAUGGAUGAGUUCAUCGCUUCAGAAACCGAAGAGUCGUCAAUGAGUAUGACAUCCGAGGACGAGAAGGCCAAAAAGAAAAAGAAGCAAGGGAAGGGAAAAAAGAGAGGAUCUGAUGACUCGGACAGUGAUGACGUGGAGGUCAUCAAGGAGUGGAACACCAGCUCACGGGGCAAAAACGGGGAGGGUCGGAACAGACCAGAGGUUGUAGAAGAGCCCCGGAUUGCUAACUCUGCCGAUGGGAGCCCCACUCACGACUGGCACAAAGAGUUUGUUGCGGACGCUGAUGCUGAGAUUCUGGAGCACUCUGGAAAGAUGGUGCUCCUGUUUGAGAUCCUGCGCAUGGCUGAGGAAAUGGACGAAAAAGUCUUGGUGUUCAGCCAGUCUCUGAUCUCUCUGGACCUGAUUGAGGAUUUCCUGGAGCUGUCUUGCAGAGCUAAAGAUGAUGAGAAGGUUUCUCCGUACAAAGGUGAAGGCAAGUGGUUCAGGAACAUUGACUACUAUCGUCUGGAUGGCUCCACCAACGCCACCACCAGGAAGAAGUGGGCUGAAGAGUUUAAUGACACCAGUAACCCAAGAGGUCGUCUGUUCCUAAUUUCAACGCGAGCCGGCUCUCUUGGUAUCAACCUGGUGGCCGCCAACAGGGUCAUAAUCUUUGACGCCUCCUGGAACCCCUCCUACGACGUCCAGAGUAUCUUCAGGGUCUACCGCUUUGGCCAGAUCAGGACCGUCUAUGUGUACAGGUUCUUGGCGCAGGGCACGAUGGAGGAGAAGAUCUAUGAUCGCCAGGUGACCAAACAGUCUCUGUCUUUCCGGGUGGUGGACCAGCAGCAGAUUGAGAGGCACUUCACGGGCGUGGAGCUGGCAGAGCUCUACACCUUUGAGCCAGAGAUGUUGGAUGACCCCUCUGGGAAGAAGAGCAAGAAAGCCACACCCAUGCUCCCUAAGGACCCCUUCCUGGCCGAGCUGCUGCAGAAUAAUAAGGACCAGAUCGUGUGUUACCAUGAACACGAAUCCCUGCUGGACCACAAGGAGGAAGAAGCCCUGAGCGAGGAGGAUCGCAAGGCAGCCUGGGCCGAGUAUGAAGCUGAGAAAAAGGGCGUGUUUGUGAGGAACAACUACCAGCCCGGAUACCCCCAGAUGGACAUGGGCAACUCAAACUACUUCAACUUCAACAUGGCGGCGUUGGCCUCCAUGAGCAACCAGCAGCUGGAGGACCUUAUAAACCAGGGACGACAGAAAGUCAUCGAAGCGACAACUUCUCUGAAGACUCUAGCACGCGAGUCACUGGAAGAUACCAUCGCCCGACUGUGGAAGGAGAACCCAGCACUCACAGAGAGCCAGGUCCAGUCCAUGGCGCUGGGCCACCAGGCCAGCGUGGAGCUGGAGAUCAAGCGCAGGGAGGCCGUGUACAGAGACGUGCUCACCCGGCAGCAGACGCUGAUGAUGUACGUCCAGAAGCUGAUCACAAACAGGAAGGUUCAGGAGCAGCAGCUGGCCAUGGCCAACCAGGCCAACUACCUGAACCAGCUGGCCAUACAGAACGGCAUGAUGGGAAGUGGCGGCAUCAGUCAGAUGGACCUGGUGGGGCUUUACCAGCAGCUCCACGGCCUGGGCUCCCAUCAAGGCAUGGGCAAGAACCCUGGGCCCUCCAAGGGCCUGUAGGGUCAGAGGAGCUCCUCCUCACCUCGGCGCCCCGUGACGAACGCACUGUGACACCAGAGCUCAAAGGCGUCUGGUGCAGCAAGCAGAGGGUGGAGUAGUUGUGAAGCUCUCAGUUCUUUAUCCCGUUGUUCAGUGACAGAAGGUGAAUAUAGUCCACGAAUGACUGGUCGGGGUCAAUUAGGCAUUUCAACAGGAAAAAAAUGUAUAUACCGCCUUAAUGUUAUUCAACUUCUAUGUUUUCAUUUUUCAUGUAUUUAAAGACAAACAAAUUCAACCCCCAAUGCUUUUAAGCAUUGUACUGUUUUUCUCUUAAAAGAGGGUUUCUUUUUGAUUUAAAAUGGAGUUCUUUUUAUACUCUUUUAAAUGCCUAAGUAAACCAGAGUGGGACCAGUGUCGUUGGUGACGGGACUCGCUGAUGUAACGCUUUUUAAUGAGUAGCCCCAGUAGAUUCCUUCACCAGUAUCUAAUAAAGCAGGUAGCUGAUGGCGCUGCUAGGUCCUGCUCUUUCUUGGGGGGUUAGAAGAAAUUGGUAAGUCAACAAAAGCCGAAAAAAUGGCCUUAUAUUAAUUUCCUAAAUAAAAAAAAUUAAAGAAAAAAAAAGCUCUGUAAAGAUUUGAGAUUUGUUGAGAAUCUUUUCUAUUAUGCUUUUAAGUGUUUACAUUAGUUGUCACUGAACAUGGUAAAAAAAAAAAAUGCUUGUGUUGUUCAGAACCGCCUGCCCGGUUCUGAUGAUCUUUUUGUGGCAUCGUUCUCAUUUGUCACGUGUUGUCUAGCAUAGCACCGUGCGUCCUGUUCAUUGCUCAUGUCCCACUUGUGUUGAUCCCAGUGGGACGACCGGGUCUCACCAAGCAAAACCACUUCAACCACAUGUCAAAGGGCCCAAAUUUAUUUCCUUUAAAAAAAAAAAAAAAUAGUUUAGUCAAACUUGGAAUUGUGUGAAAACGCAGCGGAUUUGAUGGAGUGAAGAAGGAAAUCUGUAUCUGUAUCUGGUUGAUUAGUUUGCUGUGCUUGGUGAGAAAGGCCCAUCUCUGCCCGGACUAUCUCUGUUCUACUUUGGCACAUUUUUGCUUCUAAACGCUUAAACUGGUGUAGCUGUUAAUCCGGAGGAAUAUGUACAUUUCUCACAAAGACAUGUUGUCUCUAGUUGGCUCCUGUGUUUGCACAAGGUGUAUUUCAUAAAUGUAAAAACCUUUUUGCCCUCCUCUAAGAAUGUUUUUGUGUUCGCAAAUACACCAACAUUUAUUUGCCAUGAAUCUGAUCUGCUAUUAUCUUGUUAAGUAUUUAAUAUAACAUUUAAUAAAGUGACCAAAAGGAUGAGCAGCU